GGCGUCCUUAACUUUGUUGUUUUGGUUUAAACCUGAGCGUCUCAGUCCAUCGUCCUACACACGUGAAGCCUGGGCAUCGCAAGGGAAGUUGAAAUCUCCACACCCGCGUUGAAAUCUCCACACUCUGCAGCGAUGAGAAUCGGAAUUACAAAACUCCUGUUUACAAGAACUGAUGUCUCAAGACUCAUCUUGUCUGAGGAAGAAGCCCAGAGGAGGAAGUAGAGGAGAGAACAAUGAGCCCAGGCAUGACUCUUUCUCAGGGACUGUUGACCUUCAGGGAUGUGGCCAUAGAAUUCUCUCAGGAGGAGUGGGAAUGCCUGGAUCCAGCUGAGCAGAAAUUGUACAUGGACGUGAUGUCAGAGAACUAUAGGAACUUGCUCUCCCUGGAUAUCUCUACUAGCUGUGUGGUCAAAGAAUCAUCACCAAAAGAGGAUGUAAAUAAUGGAGAAUUAUUCCAAACGUUGAUUUUAGAAAGACAAGUAAGUCAUGAUUUAAAUGAUUUUGAUUUCGGGGAAGUCCAGGAAAAUAUGCACCAGGUUGAGAAUCAGUGGGUAUAUGAAGAAAACAAUAAUGAAGGAGUGACUACAACCCAUUAUAAAAAUCUCACUGGUAAAAGAGAUCAACAGCAUCAUAAACCUUGGAACAAUUUCCCUGUAAAGCAGAAUGGUUCUGUAAGAAGAAGUAUGUCUCAGUAUUACAAACAUGAGCAAUCAUAUAUAAGGAAAAAGGAACUAAAAAAUAACGUAGCCCAUUCAGGAAACAAGUAUUUAAAAUGUUUGGAAAAUAGGCUUGGCUUAAGCAUUCAUUCACAUCUGGCUGAACUGAAGAGAUUUCAAACUAAAGAGAAAAUAGAUGAAUGUAAUCAAGUUGAGAAGUCUAUCAAAAACUUUUCCUCAGUUUCACCACUUCAAAUAAUCCCUACUAGUGUCAAAACCAACAUUUGUAAUAAGUAUGGGAAGGUUUUCACGCAUCCUUCAUUGCUUACACAACACCAGAAAACACACAUUAAAGAAAACCCUUUCAAAUGUAAUGACUGUGGGAAGGCUUUUAGCCAUUGCUCAAUCUUAGCUAAUCAUCAAAGAAUUCAUUCUGAGCAGAGACCUUACAAAUGCAAUGAGUGUGGCAAAGCUUUUAACAGGUGCUCAAACCUCACAAGGCAUCAGAGAAUCCAUACUGGAGAGAAACCAUAUAAAUGUAAUAUAUGUGGUAAGGAUUUCAUGCUACAUUCACACCUUUGGGGUCAUGAGCGAAUUCAUACUGGAGAGAAACCUUACAAAUGUAGUGAGUGUGGCAAAGCGUUUUCUGAACGUUCCAAUCUUUGUCAACAUAAGAGAAUUCAUACUGGAGAGAAACCUUACAAAUGUAAUGAAUGUGGUAAGGAUUUUACCACACGUUCACACCUUUGGGGUCAUGAGCGAAUUCAUACUGGAGAGAAACCUUACAAAUGUAACGAGUGUGGCAAAGCCUUCACCGGGAGUUCAAACCUUACUCAACAUGAGAAAAUUCAUACUGGAGAGAAACCAUAUAAAUGUAAUGUAUGUGACAAAGCAUUUAGUCAGAAUUCAAGCCUUACAGUUCAUCAAAGAAUUCACACUGGGGAGAAACCUUACAAAUGUGAUGAAUGUGACAAAGCCUUUAAGCAUUUCUCAAAUCUUCUUAUACAUCAGAGUAUUCAUAUUGUAGAGAAAACAGAUAAAUGUCAUGAAGGUGGCAAAUCUUUGAAUCAAUCUUUAAAUCUUACUGAACAUCAGAAUAUUCAUACUGGGGAGGAACCUUGCCAAUGUAAUCAGUGUGUGAGAGUUUUCAGUCUAGUAUACAAUCUAAAAGAGAGAAUCUGUAAUGAAGAGGAAUCUUAUAAAUGUAAAGAAUGUGGAAAAACCUUUAACUGGCAUUCAUAUCUUACUAAACAUCAGAGAAUUCAUACCACAGAGAAGCCUUACAAAUGUAGAGAAUGUGGCAAAGCCUUUAAGCAGAGCUCAAAUGUUAUUCGACAUCAGAGAAUCCAUACUGGAGAGAAGCCUUACAAAUGUAGAGAAUGUGGCAAAGCCUUUAACCAGAGCUCAAUCCUUACUCGACAUCAGAGAAUCCAUACUGGAGAGAAGCCUUACAAAUGUAAGGAAUGUGGCAAAGCUUUUAACCGGGGCUCAAAACUUACUCAACAUGAGAGAAUUCAUACUGGAGAGAAACCUUAUAAAUGUAGAGAAUGUGACAAAGCCUUUAUUCAACAUUCACAUCUUCAUCGACAUAUUAAAAUUCAUAUUGGACAGAAAAAACCCUAUAAAUGUAAGGAAUGUGGGAAGGCCUUUAGACGAGCCUCACACCUAACUCAACAUCAGAGUAUUCAUACUGGGGAAAAACCCUAUGAAUGUAAGCAAUGUGGGAAGGCCUUUAGUCGUGAUUCACAGCUCAGUCUUCAUCAAAGGCUUCAUACUGGUGAGAAACCUUAUGCAUGCAAGGAAUGUGGGAAAGCCUUUACUCAGAGCUCACAACUUAUUUUACAUCAUAGAAUUCAUACUGGUGAAAAACCAUAUAAAUGUGAAGAAUGUGGGAAAGCUUUUAUUCGUAGUUCACAACUCACCCGACAUCAAAAAGUCCAUACAGGUGAAAAACCUUAUGAAUGUAAAGAAUGUGGAAAAGCCUUUACUCAGAACUCACAACUUACUCUGCACCAGAGACUUCAUACUGGUGAGAAACUCUAUGACUGUAAAGAAUGUAGAAAGGUCUUUACUCAGCUCUCACAACUUAUUUUACAUAAGAGAAUUCAUACCGGUGAAAAACCCUAUGAAUGUAAGGAAUGUGGGAAAGCUUUUAUUUGUGGCUCACAACUUUCUCAGCAUCAGAAAAUUCAUAAUGGGGAAAAGCCAUACGAAUGUAAAGAAUGUGGAAAGGCCUUUAUUCGUGGCUCAUUACUUAUGCAACAUCAAAGGAUUCAUACUGGUGAAAAACCAUAUAAAUGUGAAGAGUGUGGGAAGGCCUUUAUCCGUGGCUCACAGCUUACUCAACACCAGAGAAUUCAUACCAAUGAGAAGCCCUAUGAAUGUAAGGAAUGUGGAAAGACCUUUAGUCAUGGUUCACAACUUACUCAACAUCAGAGAAUUCACACUGGUGAGAAACCCUAUCAAUGUAAGGAAUGCGGAAAAGCCUUUAAUCGUGGCUCACUCCUUACUCGGCAUCAGAGGAUUCAUACUGGUGAGAAACCCUAUGAAUGUAAAGAAUGCGGAAAGACCUUUAGUCGUGGCUCAGAACUUACUCAACAUGAGAGAAUUCACACUGGUGAGAAACCCUAUGAAUGUAAGGAAUGUGGGAAGUCUUUCAUUCGUGGCUCACAGCUUACUCAACAUCAGAGAAUUCAUACGGGUGAGAAGCCCUAUGAAUGUAAAGAAUGUAGAAUGGCCUUUACUCAGAGUUCACAUCUUUCUCAACAUCAGAGACUUCAUACUGGUGAGAAACCCUAUGUAUGUAAUGAAUGUGGGAAGGCAUUUGCUCGUGGCUUACUACUUAUACAGCAUCAGAGAAUUCAUACAGGGGAGAAACCUUAUCAGUGUAAGGAAUGUGGGAAAGCCUUUAUUCGUGGUUCACAACUUACUCAACAUCAGCGAAUUCACACUGGAGAAAAACCCUAUGAAUGCAAGGAAUGUGGGAAGGCAUUUAGUCAUGGUUCUCAACUUACUCUGCAUCAAAGAAUCCAUACUGGUGAGAAGCCCUAUGAAUGCAAAGAAUGUAGAAAAGCCUUUACACAGAGCUCACAUCUUUCUCGACAUCAGAGAAUUCAUACCGGUGAGAAACCAUAUCAGUGUAAGGAAUGUGGGAAGGCCUUUACUCGUGGUUCACAACUAACUCAACAUCAGAGAAUUCAUAUCAGUGAGAAAUCUUUUGAAUAUAAGGAAUGUGGGAUAGACUUUACUCAUGGCUCACAAGUUUUUAUAUGAAUUAUGUAAUUCUUUGUGGUUAAUAUAGAGAGCCUUCUCUGGUCAAUCCAUUAUCAUCAAAGAAUUCUUAAAAUGUGAAUAUGGAAGCACACUUGCCUCAUAAAGUUUAGUUAGUAUCAUGAAUUUACAUGGGGAAAUAUAAUGUAACCCAUGUAGAAAAACCUAUUACUGGAAACCUAUUAAACUUUAGCACAUUUUAAUAGACAGUAAUUUGUUAAUGUAGUAAAUAUAGGAAGGCCUUUAGCCAUAGCACGUCUUUUUCAACAUUAUCUUGACCCUCAGUUGCUUUCCUUUGUGACAUUUCUCAUGAUACUUAACCUCUACUUUCAUUUAAUAGUUUGCAAGAAAACCUAAGAAUAAUAUUCUAUAAGAUUCUUGGAAGUACUAUGUGAGUUAUUACAUGUAAAUCUCUUAGAACAGUGCCUUGAACAUAGCAUAUCACAAAUAUUGGCUAUCAUUGUAGUUUUAGAGAAUUUGCAUGAGAGGAGGACACUUACUAGUAUAAUGAAUAUUGAGAAAUCUUUCAUUAACACAACUCCAAUUAUUUGACUGGGGAUCACUGUAUGCCAUAAUAAAUGUGAGAAAGCUUCAUUCAGAUUUUAUCCCAUAUGCUAUAAGAGAAAAUUAAUACUUUAAAAAAAAAGAAAAAGAAAAAAAAUAGAUUUAAUCAGUGGAUUGUUGGAAGGGUGUGAAUUGUAACAAAGCUCCAAAACUCAUAUUUUCUACUUUCUCUUACCACAAUUCAAGAAUAUUAUUUAGAACUUAAAAAUUGGAUAGCCAAAAUAAACCUUUCUACUAGGAACUUUUUAAAAACUUGGAUUUACAGCUUUUAAUUAAACUGAAAAUAAAAACUGUCAUCACAGACUAUUUCGCAAUGAAAAAAUGAGAGUCUGUGUCAGAGACUACUAUUUCUCUACCCAAUAUCCAUUUCUCUUCUUUCAGUAACAGAGUUCUUGGUUGAAAACCUAUGUCAGCCUCCUUUGCUGAUCAACAAGAUAGAACUGGUAUUUGUAUGAGUAGGACAUUUAAGAAAUCCUUUUUUGUCUACUUCUGUUUUCCCCCCUACCUACAAUGUGGACAUUUAAUUUGCAGCUCUGACAGUUUAAUGGGAACUUUGAGCAUGGAUGUUAAGGAUGAUAGAGCAAAAACACAGAGCAAAUAUACACCUCAGCUAAUUUUAUGGAACAGCCAUAACAUCUCUAGUCUGCCUGCUUCCUGUAUUUCUUUAUAUAAAAAU